AUGGACUUAAAUAACGAGACCUUUUUGGUCACGUUUGGUAAAGAUCAAGAUUAUCUCAGGGCGCUUACAAUUGGCCACUUAGAAGACAAUUUUCCAUUGUCAAAAUCUAAUCAAGUGCUAGCCAUCACCAACGGCUCGGGCUCUGAUCAACUGCAAAUCUCAUCGGAAUCAUCUCCGGCGGAGCCCCCUUCCGGAUUUGGACCAUGGAUGCACGUUACAAGAGAAUCACGGAAACCUGCCAAAUCCGGAAACAUUGAUGCGAACAGAGGAAACAACUUUCCCCUUAUGGGGACAGCCCAAGUUGGGAAAGUUCUUCCAAAAUCCUCUAAAAAAGGAAAAGGGGAUAUUAGAGCAACGACUCCUUUGAAAACUAAAGGAAAGGAGGAUGGUAAAUCGGCGAACAAGAAGGGUUCAGCAAUGGUAUCUAAAGGGAAGACUGUAGUAGUGGAGGGGCAAGCUACAGGUAGAAGGACUCAGUCGGACAAACUCAUAAAGGAGUGGCGGGCUGUGGGCCAGCGGGAGGAUAUAGAUAGUCAGGCCCAGCCCAGUGAAGCCUCUGGGUCUAAUUUAGUUCAGAAUACUUAUGGGGAGCCUAGCAGUGACCCAACUGCAAAUACUUGA